AUGCAUAACGGAGCACUUGCAUGUACAAAUUUAUCAGAAAGACUUGUUGCAGUACAAUAUACCUACAACUCGCAGGGGCGUUACAGCACAGAAGGUAGUUCACACAGUAAGGUGAAUAUCAGUUAUCAAACAACCCCAAACCGAACACAGCACAAAAAAGAUCUUGACUGUGCUAGCACAGAGGGAUAUUACCAUCAGAUAAGAAUGGAUAGUGAAACUGCCAUCGCCUUAUCUCUCCGUAGCGGCACUUAUGCUGGUAAAUUCAACACAGAUACUAGAAAACCCUCGUUCCAGCACUGCCCAUUCGGUUAUUUCUACUCUCCAAAUCCAGCUUUGUCCAAGGAUGCACAUACGCCAUAUAAGGAGAUUCAAUCAGAGAAGUUUUUUCAAAAUCAAAAUUCACAUGCUUUCAAUCACGACUUUCAAUCCUUUCAAGGCUCAUAUUUAUCAAAUAAAAAUGAUGAACUGCCGUGUUAUUAUACCGACAGGGCUAUGUGUUCUGUGGAAACCCCACCGAGUGUUGGCUAUGACGACACAUUCAUCUUAAAAUUGAGACACCGCUACUAUCAUAGUUUGGAAGACUUCUUCAGUAGCUUCGUCUGUACCGAGAUGAUAUUCAAUGCUCUCAUUUUCAAGCUGAUUGGAUGUAGGCACACUGCCAUAUGGAUUAGCAAGCUUAAAUCCAUGAUCUCUUUUCUCCCAAAGACACUUCUUCUUGGCUACAUCCUAAUCUUAAGACUGACAAACAGCACUCCACUUGAAUUGUCCGUUGAUAUUCCUCAGAUCUAUUUAGCUUGCUGCAUCACAGCCUCAAAGUCACAGUACGACAGCCAUGUCUCAAAUAUUAAUUUUAUAAACGAGGAUAUGGAUGUAAAAAAAAUCAACUAUCUUGAAGGGCUGGUUUUAAACUGUCUUAAGUAUGAGAUUAACAUUAGUAGCGAUGAUAUUUGGAAUGCAGUUGAAGAAAUCAGCAGAAUCAACACAUCAGAGACAUGUCCAUCAUUCAUGUAUUAUUGA